AUGCGUGUUCGCAAGGACCUCUACGGCUGGACUGCUUUGCGAUAUGCCGUGCGUGCGGACAAAGUGAAGGCGGCCAAGGCCUUGAUUGAGGGUGGAGCUGACAUGAACAUCCCCAGCAAAUCUGGGCGAACUCCGCUAAUGUCAGCAGCGUCCAACGGCAUUGCUGAUAUGGUGAAGCUUCUGCUGGAUUCGGGUGCUGACCCCAAGGUCAAGAAUGAGGGGGGCUACACAGCCUACGAGCUCUCGCUGCGUGGCGGUGAAACAGGAUGUGAAGAAUGCAGACAGAUGCUGCAAGAAGCUUCGUGA